UAUAACAUUGAUUGUAGAACAUUUUGCCACACGUUUCUGAAUAUUGUAUAGGUUUGGCACGUUUAACAAACAUGGCUUGUUUCUUCAGAAGAAAAAUAGCAGCAAAGCUGGCUCGCUCGCUGCAGCAGUCUGAGGAUGCCUUCAUACCAGCUCUGUCAGCUGUUCCAGUUUUCAAGAAAAAGCAGGGUGCUGACUUCAGAUUAUCGAUCGGCACGUUACGGAUCAGUGGGAUUCUCCCAUCCAGCGGUGACAUUCAGCUGCAGACUGAACACUUGGCCACUCGCUUGAAGCAGGACAGUGUGGUGGAGGACAUAUCUGUUGGAAGUGGAAUGAUCAACUUUAAAGUGAAUCGUAAACUUCUUGUCCAGAAAAUGUUGGAGCCAUUUGGAAAGGGGGAGGAUGAUAAAUUUGGGUUGAAUAGUGAACUUUUCAAUACUCUCAAGAGAGGAACAACAUUAGUUGAGUACAGCUCUCCAAAUAUAGCCAAAAAGUUUCAUGCUGGACACUUAAGAUCUACAAUUAUUGGUAACUUUAUUGCUAACUUAAAGCAGUGUCUUGGACACAACGUUAUUCGAAUGAACUACCUUGGAGACUGGGGUAUGCAGUUUGGUUUGCUGGGAGCUGGGUUUGCUCAAUUUGGAUGUCAAGAGAAACUGAAAGAGAAUCCCUUACAGCAUUUGUUUGAGGUUUAUGUUCAAGUAAACAAGGAGGCAGAGCACAAUGAGGACAUGAAGCAGGCGGCCAGAGACUUCUUUAGACAGCUGGAGCAGCAUGGCAACGAGGCUGUGUCGUUAUGGCAACAGUUCAGGGAGAUUACCGUGGACGAGUAUCAAAUGAUUUACAAGCGGUUAGGGAUCCACUUUGAUAUUUACUCCGGGGAGUCCUUCCACCAUCAUCAAGCCCAGGAGGUGGUGCAGCAGCUUCAGAGUCGAGACCUGUUGAAAACCUCUGAGAAAGGAACCGAUGUGGUGGACCUCUCCACCACCGGAGACAUGAGCAGCGUCUGCACGGUGCGCCGCAGUGACGGCACAACUCUCUACAUCACCAGAGAUCUUGCUGCUGCGAUUGACCGAAAAGAAAAGUACCAUUUUAAUGAGAUGAUUUAUGUGACGGAUAAAAGCCAGGCGAAUCACUUCCACCAAUUGUUCCACAUCCUGCUCGCCAUGGGACAUUCUUGGGCUGACAGGUGUAAGCAUGUGCCCUUUGGCCUGGUGAGGGGUAUGAAGACCCGGAAGGGGGAGGUGGUGUUUCUGGAGGACGUGCUGGACGAAGCUCAAGCCCGAAUGCUCCACAACAUGAGCCAGUCAAAAACAACAAAGGAAAUGGAUAACCCAGAGGACACAGCCGAAAAAGUGGGAAUCAGUGCAUUAAUAGUGCAGGACUUCAGAGGGCCGCUGCAGUCCGACUAUACGUUUGACUGGGACAGGAUGCUGCAGGCUAAGGGAGACACGGGGGUGUUUCUCCAGUACACACAUGCUCGACUCCGCAGCUUGAUGCAGAGGAAUGAAGGCGGUGAGGCAGUUGCAUUUGAUCCAUCCCUCCUGCUCGAGGAGGCAAGUAUCACCAUCCUGCGGCACCUCCUUCGCUAUGAUGAAGUGUUAUUCCAGUCGGCCCAGGAUCUGCAGCCCAAACACCUCGUCAACUUUCUGUUGAAGCUCUGCCACCUGAUCGCCUCAGCACACCGAGAGCUGCCGGUGAAAGGAAGCGCUCAGGAUGUUGCACAGGCAAGGCUACGGCUGUUCAGUGGGGCCUGUUCAGUCCUGGCCAAUGGGAUGAGGAUCUUGGGCAUCACACCAGUAGAUAAAAUGUGAAACUUGCAUGUAUUGUUUGAACUGCUGUAGGUACCAACUGCUUUAAUUUAUUUGUUACUUUGAAUACAAUUUCAAAGUAAAAUACCAUCUUCCUCAAUUGAAGUCGCAGGAGCAUUCCCUUCUAUUGUCUCAGGUAUUUCCCACUCACGCAUCAAAGCCAGUUUACAGGUUACACGAGUACAACGGGAAUCUGAUUUUUCUUACAGUGCGGAACAAUCAUGUAACAUGUCGUACAUGUUAAAUGCUCAUGUUGCUUUUACCACGUUUACAGUCGGUUUUAAUGAAAGCUUUGCGAGUGACUUUUAAAACUGAAGGCGACAGAUGCGAUCCAAAGGAUUCAUGACACUGGAGAUAUAAACUCAAUCACAUUUUGAUCCUUCUCAGUAUGUUCUGCAUUCAGAAUUCACACGAUGAUAUGAACGUAGGACAAUAACAUUUCACAGUGUAAAACAGACUAAAUAUUGAAAAAACAAACUACACGAUAAGAAGUUGUGAUAUUCAUACAUACUCCCCUUAGAACGGAUAUAUGGAGGCAUCGAAAGAGUAACAAAGUCCUGUUACUGCUUGUUGCUCCAGCAUGGCAAGAUUGCAUCGUAACAUUUACAAACUUUAAACAUCUAUAAAGAACUGUAUAAAAUCAAA